UACAUGUUGUCACCAGACUCCAGCACAGCUACAUGAUGAACCUGCUGAUGAUUAAAGGGAAGUGAUGACUGACAGCACAGGAAGUGCGCUUUGGUCUGUGGAGUUAACGAUAUGCACGUGAGAUGGAGACCGAGCCGCGCGGUUCUGGUGGCUGCGCUCGCGCUCCUCAUCAUCUUCGCCUUUCUGCACUCGCGCCUGCAGAACGGACAUGUGAGCGCGUGCGUGAACAAGCCACCUUCAUUAUGUCCCUCCUCCCCAAUCAUUACCGUGACCAGUGCGCGAGGACAGCGGAGGGUCCAGCUGGAGGACGUCUUCAUCGCGGUAAAGAGCACGAGACACAACCACCGGAACCGGCUGGCGCUUCUGCUGGAUACCUGGAUCUCCAUCACCAAAGAGCACACGUAUAUCUUCACAGAUAUUACAGACAAGGAGAUCAGCUUUAGAGGGUUCAACAUCAUUGUCACCAGCUGUUCUCCUGAACACACACAUGAGGCUCUCUCCUGUAAGAUGGCUGCUGAGUACGAUCACUUCAUGGCCUCUGAUAAACAGUGGCUGUGUCAUGUCGAUGAUGAUAACUACCUGAAUCCAGGUGCACUGCUCUCUCUCCUCUCUGAGUUCUCAUUGGACAGAGAUGUGUAUGUGGGUAAACCCAGUCUGGAUCAACCAAUCAAAGCCCAGGAGCUGCUGCCUAGCAACAAGACUCGAGAUGUGCAGUUCUGGUUCGCUACAGGAGGAGCUGGGUUCUGUCUCAACAGGAAGUUGGCAGAGAAGAUGGCUCCGUGGGCGAGUGGUUCCAGGUUAUUACACACCUCAGCUGUAAUCAGACUUCCCGAUGACUGUGUGAUUGGUUUCAUCGUUGAGAAGCGACUGGGCGUGUCCAUGAUCCACAGCCAGCUGUUCCACUCUCACCUGGAGAACCUCCUGCUCCUCACACCUGCACAGAUCCUCACUCAGGUUACUCUGAGUUAUGGCCUGUUGGAGAAUAACAUGAACAUUGUGGGACUGAAGGGAGGUUUCAGUACAAAUGACGACCCAUCAAGGUUUAAAACACUGCACUGUUUCCUGUACCCUCUGACCAGCUGGUGUCCACCUGCAUGAAACACUUUAAUUCCCACAAUCCCCUGGAGGAGAAAACACAUGGACCCACUGAGGACAUGCACCAUGUGACUCAGAGUCACUGUGCGACUGCAUCCAUGUUCCAAUGCUUCUGUGAGUCACUGCGCCAUGAUUCACUGUGUACCUGAGUCAGUGAGUUACUGUGUACCUGAGUCAGUGAGUCACUGUGUCCCUGUGUAAAUGAGUCAGUGAGUCACUGUGUCCCUGAGACAGUUAGUCACUGUGUCCCUGUGUCUCCGAGUCAGUGAGUCACAGACUGGCUGCAUCCUUGAGUCUGUAAGUCACUGUGUCCCUGAACCACUGUGUCCCUUAGUCAGUGCUUCCCUGAAUUAGUGCCCAUGAGUCAUUUCUCUGAGUGACUAUGUCCCGGAGUCACUGUCUUUGAGUUGCUGUGUCUUUGAGUCACUGUCUCACUGUGUCCCUGAGUCACUGUUUCCAUGAGUUACUUAAAUUUCUUAUAUACUGCCAGUGUUUAGUACUCACACUCCUAAUAGAGCACUUAAAGGUGUGUGCACGUGUGUGUGUGUGUGUGUGUGUGCGCGCGCAUGUGUGUGUGUGUGUGUGUGUGUGUGUGUGUGUGUGUGUGUGUGUAUGUGCACCUGUGAGAGAUAGUAACCAUUGACUGGAAUAACACAACUCUUUGUCAUCAGGAAAACACGUGUGUAUGGAAUAUGGGAGUGUGUAAAAAAUGUCAAUAAAUUAAACAUUUUUUUAAUGUU